AUGGCAAGUUUGUGUAGUAAUAGUAGUACUACUUCUCUCAAAACUCCUUUCACUUCUUUAGGUUCCACUCCAAAGCCUUGUCAACUUUUCCUACAUGGAAAACGUAACAAAGCAUUCAAAGUUUCAUGCAAGGUUACCAAUACUAACGGUAACCAAGAUGAAACGAAUUCUGUAGAUCGAAGGAAUGUUCUUCUUGGCUUAGGAGGUCUUUAUGGUGUUGCUAAUGCUAUACCAUUAGCUGCAUCGGCUGCUCCUACACCACCUCCUGAUCUCUCGUCUUGUAGUAUAGCAAGGAUUGACGAGAAUCAGGUGGUGUCAUACAGUUGUUGCGCGCCUAAGCCUGAUGAUAUGGAGAAAGUUCCGUAUUACAAGUUCCCUUCUAUGACUAAGCUCCGUGUUCGUCAGCCUGCUCAUGAGGCUGAUGAGGAGUACAUCGCCAAGUACAACUUGGCGGUUAGCAAGAUGAGAGAUCUUGAUAAGACACAACCUUUGAACCCUAUUGGUUUUAAGCAACAAGCUAAUAUACAUUGUGCUUAUUGUAACGGUGCUUAUAGAAUUGGUGGCAAAGAGUUACAAGUUCAUAACUCGUGGCUUUUCUUCCCGUUCCAUAGAUGGUACUUGUACUUCUACGAGAGAAUCGUGGGAAAACUGAUUGAUGAUCCAACUUUCGCUUUGCCCUAUUGGAAUUGGGAUCAUCCAAAGGGUAUGCGUUUUCCUGCCAUGUAUGAUCGUGAAGGGACUUUUCUUUUCGAUGAAACACGUGACCAAAGUCACCGUAAUGGAACCGUCAUUGAUCUUGGAUUUUUUGGCAAUGAAGUCGAAACAACUCAGCUACAGAUGAUGAGUAAUAACUUAACUCUAAUGUACCGUCAAAUGGUGACUAAUGCUCCAUGUCCUCGGAUGUUCUUUGGCGGACCUUAUGAUCUCGGGACUAACGUUGAACUCCCCGGAACUAUAGAGAACAUCCCUCACGGUCCUGUGCACAUUUGGUCUGGUACAGUGAGAGGUUCAACUUUGCCCAAUGGAGCCAUAUCAAACGGGGAGAAUAUGGGACAUUUCUAUUCCGCUGGUUUAGACCCGGUUUUCUUUUGCCAUCACAGCAAUGUGGAUCGAAUGUGGAGCGAAUGGAAAGCAACAGGAGGGAAAAGAACCGAUAUCACACAUAAAGAUUGGUUGAACUCCGAAUUCUUCUUCUACGAUGAAAAUGAAAAUCCUUACCGUGUGAAAGUCAGGGACUGCUUGGACACGAAGAAGAUGGGGUACGAUUACAAGCCAAUGGCAACCCCAUGGCGUAACUUCAAGCCUUUAACAAAGGCUUCAGCUGGGAAAGUAAAUACAAGUUCAAUUCCUCCAGUAAGCCAGGCAUUCCCAUUGGCGAAACUCGACAAAGCAGUUUCGUUUUCCAUCAACAGGCCGACUUCAUCGCGGACUCCACAAGAGAAAAAUGCACAAGAGGAGAUGCUAACAUUCAACAGCAUAAGAUAUGAUAACAGAGGGUACAUAAGGUUCGAUGUGUUCCUGAACGUGGACAACAAUGUGAAUGCGAAUGAGCUUGAUAAGGCAGAGUUCGCGGGGAGUUAUACUAGUUUGCCACAUGUUCAUAGAGCUGGUGAGACUAAUCACAUCGCCACGGUUGAUUUCCAGCUGGCCAUAACAGAACUGUUGGAGGAUAUUGGUUUGGAAGAUGAAGACACAAUUGCGGUGACUCUGGUGCCAAAGAGAGGUGGAGAAGGUAUCUCCAUUGAAAAUGCGACCAUCAGUCUUGCUGAUUGUUAA